CAUUCAGCAGCCAACCAAGAAGGUCGGUCAAAUUUUGGGGAAGAAAAACAUUUUAAAUAUCUUUUACUAAAUAAGGUAUAAGUUGUUUCCAAUUUCAAAAUCAUUAAGAUUAAUCAUGUCAGAUGAUAAUUUUACAAUGUAAUGACUACGAUGUCUUUUACAAUUUGAGGAUUUUAGCAAAUUUUAAUGUUAGCACACGUGGAAGGUUUAUACUGGUGGAUUGUAACUGUGUCAAUCAUACUUGAAUUCUCAUAUCUGUAAUUAGAAAUUACAUAGAUUCUUUUUAUUUCAAAUUGAUGUAAGCAUGCCGCUGGUACGACAAAAACGAGAUAGCAGAAAACCAACAAGGGGGGGGGGGGGGGUGUGUGUGCCCAAUCCCAGGUACAAUGGAGCCGCCGGUCCCGCAGGGUGGAAUUACCAGCGACGAAAUACCGUCUAGUAAAGCUGUCCAGCCCUUUCAGACAGGUACAAAUACACUUCUGUCACAGGAUUGGGGUUUUACCCCCCAUGCCAGUAAAUUCAGUGCAAUUUUCAUUGGGGCAUAACGUUAAUGAAAUGAUCAGGCAGAAAAUUGUAGAGGGAAAAUAUGUAGACCUGGCUCUCUUGUUAAAAAAUUCAAAUAUUGAAGACUCGGCUAGCGAGAGAAUUUUUCUGAUUGGAAAUGAUGGUCAGAUGCAGAGUAAGCUAAAGAAUACUCUUAAAAUUACAUCUAUUGAAAAAUGGACGGACGCUUUUCUCAUUUAUUUGAGUGUGUUCACGUCUGUCCAUACAAGUAAAUACCAGGACAUGCUCAAGUACAUGCAUGAUGUACGUACGGGAGCUGGCAGGUCCUCUGGGGUGGAAAAUAUAUGAUGAGCAGUUUCGGCUCAAAUUAGCAAUGGAUCCCACCAAAUCAUGGUCAGCCAUAGACCACGGAAUUGUGGGUUAUGUAUAUGGUUGGGGGUCAUAACAUGACACCUACAGGAGUACAGGGGGUAAAUAAAUGUUACAUGUUUAACUUUCAGGGGUUUUGUGGUAGGAAACAUUGCACGUAUGCUCACCUUGUAUGAAAUGUAGCCAAGAGCAUGCAAUGACAAAUUGCCCCCUUGCUGUCAAUGUUAACAAACAAGCUCCUUCUUUCAGUCCCAAACAACCUUUACGACAGGGGCCCAAACAAGGGAGUCGACCAGCACACCACAUCCCGCAAAAGUACCCUCGAUUGCCGCACCCAGGCCUCUGGGAGCUCGGUUCAGCUCCUAUUAGGGUCUCUAAUUUAGCACAGUAUCUGCACCAAUAUCCAAUCAGGCAUGUGGCAAAGGAAAUAUUACAUGGGUUUACUUAUGGCUUUAAGUUGAAUUAUACAGGUCCUCAAAUUUUCACGUUUUCCGACAAUUUGAGGUCAGCUAGUCAAUUUAAAAAUCAGUUACAGGAAAAAAUCCUUAAAGAAGUUAAAGAGCGAAGGACAAUGGGCCCUUUUUACAAUCUCCUAUGCCUAAUAUGCAUAUUUCAGCUAUAGGGCUUGUUCCAAAGUCAAGUGGUGGUUGGAGGAUGAUUACACAUCUGUCGUACCCUCCAUCCCUUGGCAUCAAUUCAUUUAUUGACCCGUAAUUGUGUACUGUGAGAUACACAGCUUUUGAUACAGUUGUUGACAUGAUCACUCGGAUAGGUCCUGGUGCAGAGUUGGGUAAGGUGGAUAUUAAAAGUGCAUUUAGGUUACUCCCAGUAUACCCGGGUGAUUUUGAGCUGUUGGGAUUUAGAUUUAGGGAUCAUUACUAUAUUGACAAGUGCUUGCCCAUGGGAUGCUCAAAUUCCUGUGCAAUUUUUAAAGUUUUCAACAUUUCUUCAGUGGGCAGUUAUAAACAAAUCGGGUUUAAGGACAGUCGAGCACUAUUUGGAUGAUUUUAUCUUUGUGGGUAGGAGUGGAUCGGGGGACUGUUUGCAGUUAAUGACAAUUUUCCAACAGUUGUGCAGUGAAUUAGGAGUUCCAUUAGCAGGGGAAAAGACACAGGGUCCAAUUACUUGCUUAGUGUUUCUGGGACUUGAAAUAGAUACAGUGCUUAGGAAUGUUAAGAUCCCCAGGGAAAAAAUACAGGAGCUGAAAGGUCUGCUUAGUAUUCUGAUCAAUAAAACUAAGGUUAAGUUAAAGGAACUGGAAUCAUUGGUGGGAAAAUUGAAUUUCUUUUUCCAAGGCUAUCAGAGUAGUAGGGCAUUUAACAGGAGAUUUUAUGAUUCAAUGAUGGGGGUUAUCUCGCCCAAAUAGUCAUAUUAGACUCACUAGAGCAUUGAAAGAAGACAUGUUAUUAUGGCUCCAUUUUUUAGACAAUUUUAAUGGUGUAGCUUAUUUUCCUCAUUCAGAAUAGGUUAAUUCUAGAGCGAUCCAGCUAUACACGGACAGUGCUGGGACUGUCGGAUUUGGUUGUGGGUGUUAUUUUAAAGGAAACUGGACUUCUAUGAGUGGCCUUUAGAAUGGAAAAAUUUGGAUGUCUUGAGGGACAUAACAUUUCUUGAGUUGGCCCCCAUACUGUUGGCAGUGAUGAUUUGGGGGGAGGAUCUAAGUUGUCAUAAGGUUCAAUUUCACACAGAUAACAGUGCAUUGGUUAGCAUUUUGAACACUCAGUCGUCAAGGUCUCCACGGAUUAUGUAUGUGAUUAGGAAGCUAGUAUUGUUGUUUAUGCAAUUUAACAUCACAUUUAAGGCCAAACACAUUGCUGGUAUUGAUAAUGGUAUAGCUGAUGCCAUUUCUCGUAAACAGUGGGGAAGAUUACGCCAACUUGCUCCAACAGCAAACCAGAUCCCAGAUCCAAUACCAGCUGCAUUUCACGAUCUCUUGUCCAGCGUGAAGUUUCUCGACUACUGACGGCAGUAAUUUCCUCCAAUACAUCAGCAACAUACAAAAACGGGGCUUUUAGCUUUCGAUAGGUUUAGGAGCGGGACUAACGCAGAAAUGAUAUGGCCACCCCCAGUAGAGCAAAUAGUCAAUUUCAUUGCAUACUUAUCACUUAAGGGCUAUGCAGAAUAUACUGCUAGAGCUUAUGUAGUGGCAAUUGGGUAUGGGUGCAAAAUUCAGGGAUUAGAAGACUCUACAAAUAGGUUUGUUAUUGCUAAGGUGUUGGAUGGUUUCAGGCGUCUGAAGUCCAGGGCGGAUACUAGGUUGCCGAUAACGGAAAAAAUUCUGACAAACUUGAUGGGAGCGUUAAACACUGUGUGUUCGAGUCUUUAUGAAGCCAAAUUAUAUAAAGCAGCAUAUACAUUAGCCUUUUUGCCUUCUUGCGAGUUGGAGAAUUCGCCUUAUCCAAGGGCAACAAUCUUCAGUCAAUUUUGGGGGUUGAUGAUGUUAGCAUUCAGAAUCAACCAUUAGUAGUGUGUCUUAGGUGUUCUAAAACUGAUCAACUGGGAAAGGGGGUCACAAUUGUGUUAAAUAGACAGGGCUCAAAUAUUUGCCCUGUUCAAGCUAUGGCCAAUUUUUUGCUAAUAAGACCUCAUUUUACAGGACCUUUGUUUUGCCAUUUUGGAGGGAAGCCACUUACCCGUUAUCAAUUUUCGGCAGUUUUAGAUAGAAUUAUUAUGGCUAUUGGCUUGGAUAAGAAAUAUUACAAGUCUCAUUCUUUUAGGAUAGGGGCUGCAACAGUUGCAGCAGACAAGGGGUUUUCAGAUGAAGAGAUUAAAAUGGCUGGCAGAUGGAAGUCCACUGCUUUUCAAGCUUAUAUUAGAUCACCACUUACUCCAACAUCUCCUAUAUCUUAAGUUUUCCCAAUUUUUGGUAUGCAUUACAGGCUGUGUAAAAACAGACAGAAUAACAGUUUGGAUAGUCGGUUCAUCAAUCAUAAAAAAGGAAUCAAUAGCGGCAAGAAAUAGACCGGGGGGAUGGAGCUUAGGCCUGAACCAAAGAGGAGUAGAUAUUUGGUGGCAAGGGUAUGGCGGUCUAAAAUUCAUACAUCUGGUCAAAAAAGUCAGAUACGUGGUGCUAAACGAUUUCAUAUACAGUAAAAUCGGAUUAUACACGAAACACUCAUUUCGUAUAAUUUACUGGAAUAUUUCACGCCUUGAAUAUUGUAUUUGAUAUAUAUAUAAUAAAUGUUUUCUCGCACAACGAAGAGUGGUCUUUGUUCCUGGUUUUUACUGUCAGUCCAGUAUUUCUCAUAAUAUUGGCCUGCUCUUAAUAAUACUGGACAGUAUGAAAAAUAAAGUACUGUCAAGACAAAGAACUGACGUCACAACAAUGUUUUUAAAAAAAGUGAUGAAAUCGUUCUGUGUGCAAUUGAAUGUAUUGUAUCUCGGGUUCAUUUGGUACAUGGAAUUGGGAAGUUGAAUCUACUAGAUAAAGGGAUAAAUAUGUGAUAAAAUUUGAACUAUCGGGUUUUCUAACAUUUAGAAAUAUUUACACAGUAAAACAUGAUCGGUUCUGACAGGGGGACGUUCAACACAGAACUCUGUUCAUUUUCAUCAUGAUUUCAGUUCAUGUCACCUAAUGUGUUUUGUUUUCUUUCAAUGUAAUUUUGUUUCCUUGAUCAUUGAGGAUAUUUUAUGAUCGAUACAAAAUAUGAUCAUAGGUUGUAUGCAACGCCAAGCUGAAGCUGUUUUACUAACUAGGCUAGAUAAUGAAGAUGACAGGUAUGUUCCCCGAUCGUAGCCAAUUACUUCACAUAUAAACUCAUUGUUUUCAAAUAUUGAAGAAUUUAACAGUACCUGUGCCACUUUCAUCAAUUUUUACAUUUUUUGGGACUUGUGUCAUCCUGAUUCAGUUAACGUUCCUAUGCACAUUACGUCACGCGGCAUAGUAACACCUACUAUAGGAUACGAAUAAUAUCGUAAUCGUAUCAAUGAUAUCCACUCGAUAAAGGGGUAAAUAUGUGAAAAAACGUUUCAAUGCUCUAAUAAUUUGAUAAAUUCUCAUUGCUAUGUUUUUUCCAAUCAAAAGUUGUUUAUGAUUUCAAAUGUUCACCUAUCUGAAUAUGAUAAUUACAAUAUCCACCUAUCUGAAUAUGAUCAUUACGAUACCCACUUGUAUGUAUGUGAUAAUAACGAUGUCCACCUAUAUGUUUGUGAUAUUUACGAUAUCCACCUAUAUAUAUGUAAUAAUUACGAUAUCCACCUAUAUGUUUGUGAUGAUAACGAUAUCCACCUAUAUGUAUGUGAUAAUUACGAUAUCCACCUAUAUGUUUGUAAUAAUAACGAUAUCCACCCAUCUGAAUAUGAUAAUUACGAUACCCAUCUAUAUGUAUGUGAUAAUAACGAUAUCCGCCUAUAUGUAUGUGAUAAUUACGAUAUCCACCUAUAUGUUUGUGAUAUUUACGAUAUUCACCUAUAUAUAUGUAAUAAUUACAAUAGCCACCUAUCUAAAUAUGAUAAUUACGAUACCCACCUAUAUGUAUGUGAUCAUGUUACAGCAGUUUUACAGUGUUAAUGUAUUCAUGAAAAGUCAAUGAAUUUGAUUUAAAACAAGAAAAAAAUCAGGUGCUUUCUACCGUGUCAAAAAUCACUGCGUUAGCGAUCGCUUUAAGCUUUAGAUCAUUUUUCUCGGUAUGAAAACGGCUUUUCAAGUUAACUUUAUGGUAACAUGACUAAGGCGAUAUAAUUAUCGAUUCUUUUACCUUCCAGUGACUUUGUUGAUAAGUGGCGAAUCGGCCUCACUCUUGUCAUUGUGAGGAAGCUAGAGGACGGGAACAACAUCAAGAAAAAGAAAAAGGUUUCAGGACUCCGGACUACUGAGAAGGAUGGCACUUGUGGACCAUGAGGAUCGGGCCUUCUUAGAACUGGUCUUUAAGUACAUGGGGGACGAGAACAGCACUAAUGAUGUUGAUUUUACACAGCCACAUGUGCGACGAUCUCUCCGGUACGUGUAUCCAUUGUUUAUGUUCCUCCACGCUCUCAUUGGCUUAUUCGGUUUGUGUGGAAACCUGGCAAUUAUAAUUGUGAUUGGGAAACGAAGAUUGUACAGGGACCAGACGUUCCUGUUCCUUGGAAACAUUGCCUUUUCUGACAUCAUGAAAUGUAUAUUCGUACUUCCGGUAUCCCUGGCUAAUUUGUUGAUACACAAUUGGAUAUUUGGAAGUUUUAUGUGUUUUUUUCUGCCGAUGUUACAAUGCUUUCCGAUUUAUUCCUCCAUGUUAACUUAUCUCAUGAUUGCAAUCGAUCGAUAUCGACUGAUCGUUAAUCCCUUCCGGUCGCGCAUGCCCGCUGGACUGUGUAUCAUAGGGGUUUGGGUGGUGUCCGUUUGCAUCGUGCUACCGUUUGCUGUGUAUAUCAAGUAUAUUGACUUGGGCGCCAUUUUUGGAUACCGAUUUCUUGGUGUUGGUAUAUGUUACAUCAACCAAGAACGACAUCUCGAGGAAUAUGUUAGAGCCAUGUUUGUAACAUUGUACGCAAUGCCCCUUGCCAUGAUAAGUUUUUUGAGUCUGAAAGUUUCUGCAGAACUGAAAUCCUUAGAUUCAAACUCUGUAUCUGUUCACUUUGAAACUAAUUCUAAUAAUGCAACUUGUACUUCUCGUUUAACUGUCGAUGAUGACGAGAGUCUUCGAGCAGGACCAGAGGAAUUGAAUCAACGUCAGGUGGCUAGAUCUGACGAGACAAGCAGCGAGAAUGACCUUGAUCUUCCAACAGAGACAAGGACACAGCGAUACAUCAUUUGCAUGAUUACCUUAUUUGCUAUAUGUUGGUGUCCUCUGAAUAUUUUGAUUUUGGUUCAGUUCGUCGUACAUGAGAGUGGAAACAAUACUGGCCAUUACGACAUCACCUACAUAACAUUCACCUGGUUCGGCUUUUUAUCCACUUGUGUUAAUCCAGUCUUGUUUGCAUCAUGGAAAAUGUCUGAGACUACGAAGGACAAACUGAGAGGUUAUUUUAGAUUUGGCAGAAAAAGGAAAUCGGAAAAUGCGGUUCCCGUAGCCACGUACAGGACCCACGACAGGACAGUUCAGAAUGAUAGUUUUCUUCCGGAACUCAUAGAGUGAGCACAGACGUGUUGAUUGUAAAGAUGUCUCAAUGGAUUUCGUGUCUGUCUUGGUAUUGUAAAAGUGACCGAAGCGAAGACCAUGCUCCUGUUUCAUAUUGUGAAAAAAGUCAUCAAUAUAUGCCGUCUUACAUGUAGCUGCGUCCUUGUUGUGAAAUUCAUUGUUAAUUAAUAGUCACCACUAGGAUUUCCUCUUCACUGACAGCGAGUGUUUGAGAGACUUCAAACCACCUAAAAACAUCCUAUCCAAUGCCAGUAUUGACGAAGACAGCGAGGAAAACAGGAAGAGUUGAAUGAGGGUGAACAUCCAGGUGUGGAGUAACAAUAGAUUAAAAACACCAAAGGCAAACAAUACCAUGUUUUCCUUUAAAUGAUAACAACAUUAUCGCCAACUCUAAUUGUAAACAAUCCAAAAUAGCAACGAUACCUAUAUAUAGAGGUUUUAUUUCAGGUAUUUCAGGCCGUGAAUCCGCGUCGGAUUCUGCCGAGAAGUGUACAUAUAUCGAUCUCACAAUUUGUGCUAAAUGAUCCGCAUCGAAAGUCUGGAACUAAAAAGUGAGACACUCGUCGCAAAUCUCGUAAUUAAGCAAUUGUAAAUUCUGUAGCUUUUUGACUGCUAUCAUUAUCAAUUUAUUUCUUGUUUUCAUUCCACGUAACGAUUCCCAAAUAUCUUGUUUUUCAAUCAUUCAGUAUAUGACUCGUUUUUGUUACAAAAUAAUGUCUUGCGUCAUCAAGACUAAGUACUCCGGUUUCCUCUAAUUAAAGCACAGUUGUGAAAGUUUAA